CGACCGUGGAUUGUCUACCAACGCGAACAUGGCGAAUUCAUGACUAUCGACUCCAAACCCAUGAGAUCCUCGGAGGGAUGGACCAUCUACCCAUUGCCGAAGUCACGCCAGAGCUUUCGGAUCUCGAGACAAAGCAGAUCCAGGCUAUCGUGACUCUGAUAUGGCCGUUCUCUUCUUCCACCCGUCAAUGCGCCAUACUGCUGGCGGAACCUGAUUUUCGUCUACGACACCGGAAAGGACAGGUUCGAGUCCGGUUCACGGGGCCGAGUGCAAAGGCUAUUGCGGAGACAGGAGUCGGCAUUGGUGAUGAAGUCUCCUUGGGCUUGAGAGGGGCGCGAUUCAUGGAGGAGGAUGUCGGCAUCGUAACUCCUGGGAGAAGCAUAGAAUGGGAACUUUCCUAUUCUCGGACAAUUGUAGCGGAAAUUCGGCGGAAGGGCUCCUCCAUCGCAAAACUUGACAUUCUCGAUGCUGCUCCAACACCGACGCCUGGCACACCUGUCCGUCCUGAGCCUAUGAUGACACCGUUGCGCGCGACUAUCGCACUACCGGAUAUGAAUCAGCGAUGGAGUUCACCCGCAUUCGUCAAACGUGCAAGACUUUCAGGCGGCUUGUCAUUCGAAGCUGGAUUCGACCCGCUGCGCCGUGACCUCGAAGAUGGUCCCGAGAAAAAGAGACGAAGAAAGUCUUACAGAGACUGGAGCGUCUGGCAGUAUGUACCCAGGACCCCAUCGCCUGAGAAGGAGGAGUACAAUGCCGAAGAUGAUCUGUCGAGAGAGGAAUCCCCGUCGCGGUCACCACAGGUCUUAGAGACACCGACAUCCAUUAGGAGUCCUGAGCAUGUUGAGUCGAACACGUUGCCAGAGAUCGAUCUAGGAAGUUCUAGUGCGACAGAUCACGGAAGCGAGCCCGUACCUGGUGUUCGGGAAGAUCACUUCAUUGAUGCUUUCCCAUCGAAAGAGGCCCGUGAAGAAUCUGCUAAAGUGGAUUCUCGGAAUGCUGAUUACUAUGAUUUGUAUGCUGGACCAGACGAGAUUCCACCCGAUCGAUAUGCUUACGGCGGUGACACGGAGUCCGAUACCGAAAAAGACGAGUCUGAUCAUGAACAUGGACAUCCUACACAUGUAGAUAUUGGCGCAAUUGGAAGUGUUAAUCCGAAGGGAGACAUUUCCCUCUCGACUGACCAUCGUUCAACCAUGAGCCGUCCCUUGGUCAAUCAAAAAAUACGACAUGAAGAUGUUCCUCUUAUUGAAGAACCGGAAGAUCUACCUAAACCUCAAGACGAGUCCACCGCAGAUGGAGGCGCUCCAGACCAUGUCAUGCCUCCUCCGAAGCUCGCACCCCUGCACACGAGUUUCCAAACACCCUCCGAGACACAGUUGCUAACGCCUGUUGGGCAGCAACCUCGAAGCCCUGUCAUCAUGCCUCAAGAUUCAUCUACACUGCCGAUGCCCUCCCCGUUUCCCGGUGAUCGGGAGGGGCAUAGCCUGCCCUCAUACUUCGACACCUCAUCCGCUAGUCAUUUGCCAAAUCAAGAACCUGCGUCAGCUGACCUGGGGAUUAAGAAUGCUCAAGAAGCACCGCGUGAAGGAGAAUCAAUAGUGGAAUCGAGCUUCUGGAGCUCUGUGAAUACAAACUCCAACAAAACCCACGAGUCUGACUUCACCGAUGUGAGGUUUCCGUUCGGAGUAGAUGGUGCCGCCUUUUCACACCAGAAGGAACCAUCUCCUUUCCCCGAACCAGAAGAGCAUGAGAUCACGGCCUCGCCGAAGAGCCCUGAAGUCGGUGAUAAGCCUGAACACCGGGAAGAAUUGGCGGAGGAGGUUGCAGAACAAAUCGCAGAAGAUGUUAUCGAGGAAUUGCGCGAGGAGCUGCAGGAAGAUCUUACAGAGAAUGAGAAUGAAGAGCUCGAACAUGAGCUGCGGGAGGAGUUUAGAGAGGAGUUCGUGGAUGAUUUUGCGGAAGAUCUGGAAGAACAUUGGCCACAGUCCGUUCAAGGGGCCCAAUCACCUCUACGGGACGUAUCGGGGAAGGAAUCCGAAUUUCCAGAGGCUCAUACCAAAGAGAUGUCCAUGGUUGGGGAGCAGGAUGAGCCGCAUCAGCGAGGCGCAGAUUCCCGAACAGACGUGAUCAUGAUUUCGUCAGAUACCGGCCCAGGGGUUACUGACGAUGCGUCGCAGGACGAAUCGGGCAAGGACCACCGAAUUGCAGAUGCAGGCGAGCAGUCUAUGGCUCGGUUGGAUACACCUGGCGAACCAGAGAGGCAUUCCAGGCCAGAUGAGCAGCGCGAAACGGUAACGGGCGUCGUAGGCCGAUUUUCACCCUCACGGCCAACAACAGAAAUUGUGGACCUCGGUUCCCCAUCCGAAAGCGAAACCAGCGACGAAGAAGAUGUACGAAUCGACAGAGGUAGCGCCAUGAUCAAGCCCAGUGAGCCCAUAAGUAGACACUCGCUUCAAGUUGAACGUUUUGCGAGCGAUUCAACCACUAUGCGCGAAGUCUCCCACACGGAUAUGCAGCAGGCUUUUGAGACCUUGACUCCAGGGGUAGGGGAAGAAGCUGACGGGCCAUCUUCCGAAGCUGAGCCACCAUCGACCGUGGACAUGCGAAUUCCUCAGGAUCAAAAUACGCAAACCUCCCAGACACCUACGCAAGAGUCGUAUCCAUUACACCCAGACAUCAAAAUGGAAUCCGUCGAAGAAGAAACCGCGGUCCAUUUCCCUGAUUCUGCCUCAUUGUAUGAAGAUGCGCAGUCCGUUUCUAGUGCCUCGGAGCAAUUGCUGAUUGCUGUGCCAGAAGGACAUAAGAUGGGUGAAUUGCAGUACAAGUCGGUUGCUGCCUCUGGUCCGGCGCGAAACACUCGAUCGAGAACAAAACAGUCCACGUCUUCUGUGAAAGGAGAUGUACCCUCCAUUCAAUCCGACUCCCGCUCUAGAAGAUCACGGACGUCUAAUGUCUCCAGUAACCUGAAGCGAGACUCGCGAUCGACCGCUUCGCCUGCGCGAGAAACGAAAUCAACCUCUCCGUACCAAACGCGGUCACAGUCGAAAAUGCUAUCCCCGGCUAAGCCCCGUCCAGAGGAAAGAAAGAGCCCACGGAAAAAGACUGGCUAUACAAGCGAGUCCUUCCGUUAUUCUUCCCCUGCGAAUGAGGGUGCGUCUCAGCUUGAGUCAUUCCAUUACGAGUAUUCUGAAUUCCCGGAUUCCAUCUUCGAGCCUUCGCAGGAGCUUGGCACUCUUCAGGGCAGAUUCCGUAACGUACGGUCGGUUAAGGAUUCCGAAGAGGGGAGUCUGCACUCGGAGAACUCACUCACCACGAUGCCCAUGUCGGACGAUAAUGGGGGUUACGGGGUGCCAGCGUAUUUCAACUACAGCGACCCCGUUCAACCAACAUCGCCUUUGGGACCUCCUUCUGGGCAGCGGGACCUCGACGAUACUACGCCUAAGGCGGGUGAAGGUGUGCACAUUUCCACCUUGCCGCCGAGCUCAUCAGCCUCUCCUCGACUCGAGGGGAACAAGGUUUCAGAGUCUGUUCUACAGAAAUCGCUUCUGAGUAGCACAAUGCCCAUCACACCAGACGGGACUCAAGGUGCUCUGUCUCAGUCACAGGGCGUUCUAGGACAGUUGGAGCAUACACUGCCACUGAGCCCUCAGCUCACGCAAAAGACAUCUGCCGUGUCGUUUGGGGAUGUACCGGUCAUUACGAAACAUAAGAUCACGACUCACGAAGAAUCACAAACGUUUGAAAGCCAGCCCGCCCUAGUGUCGCAGGUUAGCACUCCGAGCAUCCACUCAGAAGACUUGUCCGACUCCGAAUACGAAACGGAAACCCUGCUUGUUGGCUCUCUUGGACCACCUUCCAUCGGCCUGUCGACCCCAAUCUCCUACUACACCCCGCUCCGAGACCUCACGUACUUUCUCAACCGCUCCUCGCAAUUCCACACCUCGUCCGACCCGGACAUCCUCGCGCUCGUCACCUCAGCGACCACUCCGGCCAAGCGCGCUCACAAACCCCCCAAACACUACGGGACCACCCUGCACAUCACCGACCUCAGCAUUUUCCCCGAUUCCACGAGUGUCCAGAUCUUCCGGCCUUUCAGCUCCGCACUGCCUAUAGCUCAAGAAGGCGACAUUAUCCUCCUGCGGUCCUUCCAGGUCAAGAGCUUGAAUCGCAAGUGCAUGCUUGUGAGCGGCGAGGAGAGCGCGUGGUGUGUGUGGCGGUGGGGCAAACCGGUUUGGGGGGUCAAGAAGACGCAGGCUUUUGGGGAGGUGCGGGCGAGGGAGGAGGUUAGGGGACCGGCGGUGGAGAUGGGCGAGGGAGAGUGGAGGGAGGUGGAGAGGUUAAGGGGGUGGUGGGUUGGGGAUGUUAGAGGGAGCGUUGGGGAGGGUAAGGAGGGCAAAGAGAAGCGGGUUGUUGAGAAUACGAAGACUGAAGAGGGGAGGGAACGUGUUGCGAUUAAUGAUGCGGACCGCAAUUAGCGGAUUGAUCGAAUUGGGCAUAUGGACUUCUGGGGGACACGCAAUGUGGAUUCUGGAUGUAUGAAGUAAUGUUGAAUAAGGGUUUGGACGGAUAUACAGGGCGUUUGUAUACCCUAUCCUGGACAUGAUCAGUGGAAGAAGAGCAGAGCCUCCUGUCUUGCGUUUAUGAGACACGACGAAACAUUCAAAAGCCAUCAAUGGUCAUAUUUCGAUCAUGCUCAUUUCAUUGCUU